AUGCUUCUGACCUACCACCAUGAUGUUGGAAAAGAUGGCACUGCCAUCAUCAUAUACAGACACAAGGACAACCCUGUAGUCAUAAAUCUGACGUCUGCUCGUGAAAGCAGAAAGCAUAUAAAGACUGACAGUAAAACACAGACUGGUGAUCAGUUUCGAUCACUUUGCAAAAGGUUGGAAAUAACUUUAGUCAUCAAGAUGGCGGCUGUGAUUAAUACGCAUAAGACCUACAUACGCAUUCCCCGAGCGUCUGUUCAUCCUGUAGAUGAUGAGGUGGAGCAGAUGGAAAAUGGACAAAGCAGGAACCAGACCCUUGCUGAUGACAUGGAGAUGUCUAACAUUAACAACAGCAACAACAAUGAUGAUAAAUCUGAUGGCAAAAACGGAGAAAAGAAAAAGGACAAAGAAAAGAAAAAAGAUAAGAGCAAGAAUAAGGAAAAGACAGAAGAAAAAGAUAAGGAUGGGAAGAAAGAUGAGAAGAAAGAUGAAAAAAAUGAUGAGAAAGAUGACAAAAAUGAUAUUGUGGAAAUGCUGGAGAAAAUGGUUCCCAUUCUUGACCCAGCGGGAAACAUGUACUACAACUGGCUCCUGAUAAUUACACUGCCUGUAAUGUACAACUGGACAAUGAUCAUAGCUAGAGCAAGUUUUGAGGAACUUCAGUCAAAUUAUUUGAGCACAUGGUUCAUCCUUGAUUAUGUAUCAGAUUUUAUUUACAUACUUGACAUGUAUUUAAGGACAAAAACAGGUUAUCUGGAACAAGGUCUAUUGGUCAGUGAUGUUAAGAAACUCAAAGAAAAAUACAUUUCCACAGUCCAGUUCAAAUUGGAUGCUUUUUCACUCAUACCAACUGACUUGCUAUACCUUCUCCUGGGAAUAGAAUAUCCAGAAAUUAGAUUAAAUCGUUUGACUAGGGUCGGUCGAAUGUUUGAGUUCUUUUCAAGAACUGAAACUCGGACAAACUACCCAAAUAUUUUCAGGAUUUCCAACCUUGUCAUGUACAUCGUGAUCAUUAUCCAUUGGAAUGCUUGCGUGUACUUCUCAAUUUCCAAAGCUAUAGGGUUUGGGGCAGACACAUGGGUAUAUCCAGAUGUAAAUAUUCCAGAAUUUUCCCGGCUUGCUCGGAAGUAUGUGUACAGUCUCUACUGGUCAACACUGACACUAACCACCAUUGGAGAAACACCUCCUCCAGUCCUGGAUUCAGAAUACUUCUUUGUGGUGGCCGAUUUCCUGGUUGGAGUGUUAAUUUUUGCCACCAUUGUCGGUAAUGUUGGUUCCAUGAUUUCCAACAUGAAUGCAGCUCGGGCAGAGUUUCAGUCAAGGAUUGAUGCCAUCAAACAGUAUAUGCACUUCCGAAAAGUGAGCAAAGAUUUGGAGAAGAGAGUUAUCAAAUGGUUUGACUAUUUGUGGACAAACAAAAAAGCUGUGGACGAAAGAGAGGUCUUGAGGUAUCUUCCAGAUAAGCUAAGAGCAGAGAUUGCUAUCAAUGUCCACCUGGAUACACUGAAGAAAGUUCGUAUCUUUGCAGAUUGUGAAGCUGGCCUGCUAAUUGAAUUGGUGUUGAAGCUAAGACCCCAAGUGUACAGCCCUGGAGAUUAUAUCUGCCGCAAAGGAGACAUUGGUAGAGAGAUGUACAUCAUCAAAGAAGGAAAACUUGCUGUUGUUGCUGAUGAUGGAAUUACUCAAUUUGUGGUUCUAAGUGAUGGCAGCUACUUUGGCGAAAUUAGUAUUCUGAAUAUCAAAGGUAGUAAAGCUGGGAACAGAAGAACUGCAAACAUUAAGAGCAUAGGCUACUCAGAUUUGUUCUGCCUCUCCAAAGAUGAUCUAAUGGAAGCCCUCACCGAGUAUCCCGAUGCAAAAGCAAUGCUGGAAGAAAAGGGGAGACAAAUUUUAAUGAAGGAUGGCCUUCUGGAUCUAGACAUUGCCCAGCUUGGAGCUGACCCAAAGGACAUGGAAGAGAAAGUAACAAGAUUGGACAUGGCAAUUGACCUUUUACAGACUAAAUUUGCUCGACUUCUGGCAGAUUACAAUUCUACACAACAGAAAUUAAAAGAAAGAGUGACAAAGAUAGAGAACAAAAUUAAACGAUCAGAGACACAGUUUGAAUAUUCAGAACUGACAGACACUGAAGCGGUAUCUGAAAUUGAAGGAAGUAAAAAAGAAUAG